CGCCUGGGCCUCCUGGCGCUCCCUCUCCGCCUCCCAGCUUCGCCGGCCGCCACCAUGUCCGCCUCGGCCGUCUUCAUCCUUGACGUCAAGGGCAAGCCCCUGAUCAGCCGCAACUACAAGGGAGAUGUGGCCAUGAGUGAGAUCGAGUACUUCAUGCCCCUGCUCAUGCAGCGCGAGGAAGAGGGGGCCCUGGCCCCGCUGCUGAGCCACGGCCGCGUCCACUUCCUGUGGAUCAAACACAGCAACCUCUACUUGGUGGCCACCACCCUGAAGAAUUCUAAUGCCUCCCUGGUGUACUCCUUCCUCUACAAGACCGUGGAGGUCUUCUCGGAGUACUUCAAGGAGCUGGAGGAGGAGAGCAUCCGGGACAACUUUGUCAUCGUCUACGAGCUGCUGGACGAGCUCAUGGACUUCGGCUUCCCGCAGACCACCGACAGCAAGAUCCUGCAGGAGUACAUCACCCAGCAGGGCAACAAGUUGGAUACCGGCAAAUCUCGAGUGCCUCCCACCGUCACCAAUGCGGUGUCCUGGCGCUCCGAGGGCCUCAAGUACAAGAAGAAUGAAGUCUUCAUUGAUGUCAUUGAAUCUGUCAACCUGUUGGUCAAUGCCAACGGCAGCGUCCUGCUGAGUGAGAUUGUAGGCACCAUCAAACUCAAGGUCUUUCUGUCCGGAAUGCCAGAGCUGAGGCUGGGCCUCAAUGACCGCGUGCUCUUCGAGCUCACUGGCCGACGCCCCGCCCUCUCCCUGCCGCAGGCCAAGGGACAGUUCAAGAAGCAGUCGGUGGCCAACAGCGUGGAGAUCUCUGUGCCCGUCCCCAGCGAUGCCGACUCCCCGCGCUUCAAGACCAGUGUGGGCAGCGCCAAGUACAUGCCUGAGAAGAACGUUGUCAUUUGGAGCAUCAAGUCUUUCCCGGGGGGCAAGGAGUACCUGAUGCGUGCCCACUUUGGCCUCCCGAGCGUGGAGAAGGAGGAGGUGGAGGGCCGGCCCCCCAUCGGAGUCAAGUUUGAGAUUCCUUAUUUCACCGUCUCCGGGAUCCAGCCUGUUCUCUAUGCCCCCGGCCGCCAGAGGGCGCUCGUUGACGCCCAAAUCCGCUCCCUUCCUGCCCAGAGGGAAAGCUGA